AUGAGCAAUUCCUGUGAGUGCUGCAAGAGAUACUGGACUCAUUUGCAUGGAAAGGUCAAGUGUUUCUUCACGCACAUGGAUAGACACUCUAGGCAUAGCAUGGUCAUACCAGAGAGAUUUGUGAACUAUUUCGCGUGGAAGCUGUCAGGAACCAUUGAACUAGAAGCCCCCAACGGCAAUGUGUACGAUGUUGGAAUUACUGAGCGUAGGAACAAAACAUUACUCAGAUCUGGGUGGGAGGCGUUUGUCGAUGCCAACCAUAUAGUAGAGAACGACUCAUUGAUGUUCCGAUACCGUGGAAGUUGUCGCUUCAAGGUUGUGGUCUUUGAUUCUAGUGGUUGUGAGAAAGUGGUGUCCUGUGCUCGCAUACUGACCAAUAUUAGUGAUCAAGAACCAAGCACAAAUUCUGCAGACAUUUCGACCAGUUUCAGUGAUGGUAAUACUCCUUCGUCAGCACGAGCACGAUCAGAUGAUUGCCAGAGUGGAAGCUCAGGCCACCGUAGAAAACGAGCAAAGAAAGAUGUGAUAUCUUAUCCUUCGGAGGGAGAAGACAGUCCAGAUGAGCACAAGUCAUCUGAAUCCGAAGAUAUUGAACAUAUUCGAUUAACACCCGAGCAUGAUGAUACAGACCCCUGCAUGAUGCCAAUGGGUACCCGUCUAACGCAAGUGCAGGAGAAGAAAGUUCUAAAGAAAGUAGGAGCCAUUGCAUCCGAUCUGCACAUCUACGUCGCAGUCAUGACCAGGCGCAUUGUCCUCGUCUCCCUAACCUUCGCCACACAAUACUCUGAAACGUACCUUCGGAAGGGGAGCCGGAGUUUGGUGCUUCAGGCUGAGGGGAAGAGCCAGCGAUGGCAUACUGAGUUGCACGACACCAAACGGACCCUGAGGAUAUGUCGAGGCUGGACUUCUUUUGCCAGAGACAACAACCUGCGGGAGAGGGACAUCUGCCUCUUCGAGCUAAUGAAAAACGAGGGGGAGCAGAAGAAGAUGAUGGUCUAUAUCAUUCUGAACUAUGGGUUGUGA